AUGUACAGCAUUCCGUUCAAAGUCCCCGGGAGUCGUACAGAUCGUGAACUACUUCAUUAUUACUGCUGCGAAGCAGCAGAUUCCAUUUCCCGAUUCUCAGAGAAUACACUAUGGAAACACCUCAUUCUACAGAGAAGUCAAGACCAGCCUGUAAUACGCAGUUCUCUAGUUGCGCUUAGCUGUCUGUAUCGCGACUACAGUUUUUCCGAGUCACCACGCCUUAAGGUGUCUGUCAAGCAUAUUCAGCUCAUUACCAGAUCACACUCUCAGCUCCGUGUGCAUCUUGCCCGGGACGCUUCAGUUGAAGUUGCACUUAUCUGCAGCCUUAUAUUCUAUACAUUCGAGUGUCUGAUCGGCAAUGUGCAACAAGCGUUAUGGCAUCUUGAUCAAGGUCUAAAUAUGUUGCGACGUAUUCAGCCUGAUUACCCGUGUCUGACGAAUGACCAGGAGUCUUAUGUGCAAUUGAUGGCGAUAUUUUCCCAGCUUGACAUUCACGCCAGUAUAUUCCUCGACAGGACGCCUGUUCUGAGACUUGCCUCGCCAAAAGAAGUUUCAGAGAUGGUGCCUACGGUUGUAGAGGAAAUUUCCGAUCUACCUGAGCUGGAAAAGUCACUUGUCGUGCUUCAAAAUUGGAUUUUGUGGCAUCUAACGGAAUUUGUGGAAUACAAGAACCUACCUCUAGCUCAAGUGCCAUCCGUUGUUAUUCAGGAAAGGCUGAACCUGGAGUCCCAACUCCAAAAGUUGGAAGAAAAAGUAGAGAAAAUGACGACGAAUGAACAUUUCCAAUCAUUUGAUUCCUCGCAACGCCAACGACUCAUUCUACUACGAAGCCAAGCGCUUAUUUUUCAUGCGGUUCUCUUGGAAAACAUCUCCUGUACCCUCGAUGGCGCAAAUACCCCUCUAAAUGCCUCUUACAGAUUCGAUCUCGCGCUUACCCAAAUAUCAACACUUCUAUCAUCCAAUGAAUGUGAUUCUGAUUCUGGAAAGACAUCGCCUCCCAAGCGGGGUUUCACCCUUUCUACAAACAUUAUCGCGAUGCUAUACUUGAUCUGUUUAAAAACAAAUGAUCGCCGUAUCCUGCGCAGGUCACUCUUCUUAAUGCAGGGGUCUUCAUCUACAUCCCGUGAUGGACUUUGGGACGCACGAACGGCUGUAGCUAUUGUGAAGGCUUUGCUAUCAGAAGACGAUAUACAAAGUGGAGUUCCGGAGAUGGAUUUCAAAUUAGAGUACGUGGGCUCUGAUAUCGUGGAUACGGAAGGUGGGUUAGAAGAAGCAUUCAAGAUGCUACAAUUAGAAAAUGUGGGCAUUUGA